CUGAGACAGACAGACAUUCGAUUGACUGCUACUGUGCUAAAUUCAGGAUUGUCAACCGAGUGAAUAUAACUCCUCCACGGAUAUUUGGAUUCUCUCUCCAUAGCAACAGAGCGUCGGGACCCAGCUGGGGAGUGUUUUAUCUAGCUCUGCUCUGCCGACAAAUGGCAGAGCAGAGCACAGGGAGGUAGAGACAGAAUUAAAAAAAAACUUGCAUUCACUUCAGCUGUGUUACUGUGCGAUUGUCUCUCUUAGAUCAGCAGGCAGAUCGACAAGCAUUUCCACGCAGAUACCAGAGACAAAUGGAGAGAUGCAACAAUUUCACUCUUCACUUGAUCUGCCUGAGACUGAAUCACCCCAGCGCGUAUCCUUUUGUGUCAGAGACCCAUGUGUCCUCCUCAAUCAAUCCCCCAAGACCGACUGUGGGUUAACCCGGCAGACAGAGCCCCCUCCUCAGCCUCCCUCUCCCUGUCUGUGCCUCUAAUGUUGCUCUGUUCCUGCUUUGCCAGUUUCUAUUUACCCCAGCUAAGUAACCUUCCUCUUUCUGCAAAGCUCUCAGCCUUACUCUCGCAGUCUCCCUCUCACUGCUUGCUAUUUCCCUACCCUAGCUUCUUCAAAGCCAGCAGCUUGCUUUUCUCUCCAGGCUGCUUGCUACAUUAUCUCUUGGAAAACAGUGCUCGAGGCUGCUCUCUCGCUGCUCGAUGCCGGAGCUCUCUCAGAUUUUCAUCUCAAGAACGUCAAGAUGCUCCUGCAGAGGGAUUGAUCCCACCUUUUCCCCUCUUGUUGUCCCCUUCCCCUCCCCUUUCCUAAUCUCCUGACCUCUGACCCUCACGCCCCCUUCUCUUUCCCGACACCCCUUCCCAUUCUUCCUCACCCCAAGUCUCCACUCCUCCUCUCUGCGCUUACCCUGUUGACCAUGUUGCCAUGUGUCUGCUGGCUCCAGACUCUCCUCGUCUUGCUGUCCUCUGUCUUACGGGCUCAGGGGGAAAACUGCCCAGUGAACUGCCUGUGCCCGGAUCCCCACACUGUGGACUGCAGCGGCCGUGGACUCACCCGUCUUCCUGAUGAGAUCCCCUUGGACGUCCGCAGGCUCCUUCUGUCUGACAACUGGAUCCCCCGCAUUCCCUCUGACUUCCUAGUGCUCUACAGUGACCUGGUCUACCUGGACCUGCGGAACAACGCUCUGUCCCACAUCGAGCCUGGCACCCUCAGCACCUCUUCCAGGCUGGUGUUUCUGGACUUGGGCAGCAACAACCUGACUGACAUCCCCUCGGGCACCUUUGGGCAGUCCCGUAGCCUGAUCAAACUUCGCCUGGGUAACAACCCCUAUCUGAGCAUGGUCAACGAGGACGCGUUCCUGGGCCUCACCUCGUUGCGUGAACUGGAGCUGGAGCGUAAUGCCCUGUCUGGCCUUCAGGUGGGGGCGCUGAGCCAGUUACCCUCUUUACGGGUGGUGAGGCUGGAGGGCAACCCUUGGGUGUGCAACUGCAACUUUGCCAACCUGUUUGCAUGGCUGGAGGAAAACAGUCACAAGCUUCCAAAUGGAGUGGAGGGCAUAGAGUGUUCACUACCCAUGGAUGGCAGACAGGUGUCCCUGAGCCAGCUCUCACAGGACAGCUUCCGGGAGUGCCAGAUCACCCUUACCUUAACAGACUUACUUAUCAUCAUCUUCUCCGGCAUCUCUGUGUCUGUAGUGGCCAUCAUGACCAGCUUUUUCCUGGCCUCCAUUGUCCACUGUUUCCAGCGUACAAGCAAAACCUCUAAGGGAGAUGAGGAGGAGAGUGAGGAGUGAGACUGUCUUAGCCCCAGAGCAUGCCUGAACUGACACUUCAUCUGGUUCAACCUUGAGACCAGGCUGCUACCCAACAACAACUUUCCGCCUCACACUGGUAGAGAACUGGGAGAGGGAUAGACUGUUUUAGUGGCACAUUUUGCAGUGGAUUGUGGGGUUUUAUAGGAGCCCUGAUAUUCCAGGAGAUAUUGUCCUCUCUAGGUGGGAAAAAUAUAUAAACAUGUCCCAGUAUGAAUUAUAGUCACAGACAGAAUAUACAAUACUCUGUGCUGUUGACAGUAUACACUCUUAGAAGUAAAAAAGGUCUGGAAUAUCUUUUUGGGGUUCUAAAAAUUGCCACAGAGGUGGAACCUUUCCCGUUCAAAAAGGUUCCCUGAGGAACCCCUCUGAAAAGAUUAUUUGAAGAACCCUUUGCUACAUUGAAACAUUAAAGGUUCCUCCAAGAACGUCUCAACUAACCAAAGGUGCAAACAUGAACCAUUGACCGUCAGUGCUUCCUUGAGGAACUCCAAGCAUUCCUUGGGGAUCGCCAGGGUUACUGAAGUCUCCACUAAUUCUAAGAGUGUACUGUGGUUGCUCUUUGAAAACAUACUGUAUAGCUCUGUUAUACACACAAAUUCACUGGUGGCUGAUGAUUCCAUAGGAACACCAAGAUGUAGAAAAAAUCUCAAACAAUGUUUACAAAGAAUUGCAUGUUUUGCAGUUAGCUUUUCGGUGCCCAGACUCAAAGAAAGACAUGCAUUCUUUGACGAAACAUCUCCAAUCAACAGUGGAUGAACAGAAGAGAAAAGCAAAUAAUACAGACUUUACAGGAAAACUAUUUACAUUUUAGGUUUGACAUUUUUACAUCUUAAAUAUGUUUAUACAGUCAUCAAACUGUGAAUACUUGUGAAAUGUAUUAACAGCACUAGCUAUAAGUAGCAGCAGGCUCUUUUAAAGCCCAAAAUGAAUGCACUGAGCAAGUGAAAACGUUUGUAGGAGGAUACUGUAUGUGUCAUAUUGAACCAGGGCCUUAGACUGCCAGCCAUGUAAAACACAUGAUACACUAUAUGGAGUGUCCUACCUUCUCAAGGAGGUUUUCAACAUGUUUUAUUCUGAGAUUGCUUCACAAGUUAGCUAGCAUUCUACAAAAAUGGCUUUGCUGUUUCAGCAUGCGAUAGUGAUUCAGGGCAGCAGCCUGGGUAAGAGGGGUGUGCUGUGAUGGACAAUAUAAUGAAUCUGACACAUGCAGAUAGACUCCGAUGUAUAGGUCUACAAAUGGUUUUAUAUACAGUAUAUCUCCACAAAUGUCUGUCGAUGGAAAUAUAGUAAGCAAAAUGUUAGACAAAGAGGAUACAUGUUUCCUAGAUUGAGAAUUGUGAAUUGUGUCAAAUUCCAUGCAUAUAUUCUCAUAAACAAUGAGAAUUAAAUAGGAUUGAUGUGUCAAAUACUGCACUUUAAAUGGUGACCAUUGUACCUGAGUUUGGCCCAUGAAUUCAUAGAGUGGACUAGUGUUACCUAUAUCUGCCAAGGUGUAGAGGAAAUUGGUAUUAGGAACUUACAUGUGGAUUAUGUUGUGUACAGUGUAGGAGAGUUGAUCUUUAAAAGGAAUCUGCAGUAUAACCAAACAUUUUAUCAAUGUAAUUGUAAAAUCACUUAUUUAUGGUCUCCAUGCAGAUUGCAAAUUGCCUCAAACCUUGGAUAGGUUGCUUAUUCAAAAUUAUCAUUCCAGCUAUUGGUGUUCCCUCAAAUGCAAAGAAAAAUUACAUUAUAUACAGUACAAGUAAAAAGAUUGGACACAUGUACUUAUUCAAGGGUUUUUCUUUCUUUCUUUUUUACUAUUUUCUACACUGUAGAAUAAUAGGGAAGACAUCAAAGCUAUGAAAUAACAUAUGGAAUCAUGUUGUAACCAAAAAAAAGUGUUAAAACAUAUUUAUAUUUGAGAUUCUUCAAAGUAGCCAACCUUUGCCUUGAUGACAGCUUUGCACACUUGGCAUUCUCUUAACCAGCUUCAUGAGGAAUGCUUUUCCAAGGAGGGAGUUCCAACAUAUACUGACACUUGUUGGCUGCUUUUCCUACACUCAUCCCAAACCAUCUCAAUUGGGUUGAGGUCGGGUGAUUGUGGAGGCCAGGUCAUCUGAUGCAGCAAUCCAUCACGCUCCUUCUUGGUCAAAUAUCCCUUACACAGCCUGGAGGGGUGUUUUGGUUCAUUGUUCUGUUGAAAAACAAAUGAUAGUAACACUAUGUGCAAACCAGAUGGGAUGGCGUAUUGCUGCAGAAUGCUGUGGUAGCCAUAAUUGGUUAAGUGUGUCUUGACUUCUAAAUAAAACACUGAGAGUUUCACAAGCAAAGCACCCCAACACCAUCACACCUCCUCCUCCAUGCUUCACGGUGGGAACCACACAUGCAGAGAUAAUCUGUUCACCUUCUCUGCGUCUCACAAAGACAUGGCGGUUCGAACCAAAAAUCUCAAAUUUGGACUCAUCAGACCAAAGGACAGAUUUCCACUGGUCUAAUGUACAUUGCUCGUGUUCUUCUUAUUGGUGUCCUUUAGUAGUGGUUUCUUUGCAGCAAUUCGACCAUGAAGGCCUGAUUCACACAGUGUCUGUUACUUGAACUCUGUGAAGCAUUUAUUUGGGCUGAAAUUGUCAUGGUUGAACUUGUCAACAGAGGGCGUCAGAGACCAUCCUAGAGACAAUUAUGACACUUCGGUGCACUCUAUUAGUCAUUAUGAUUUCCCCUUUAAAAGAGGUGUGUUUUCCGUUUCUCUUUACAGAAGAUUGAAUUGUUUACCAUGUGCUUUUGUUUCCUGAGUGAGUUUUAGAGACUUAGUAUUUGUUUGUUUUUUGCAGUGUACUGUGAUCCUGUGGCUACUGUUUCUCAAGUAAAGUAUUUAUGUUUAUCCUUAACCACUGAUGGUUAUAUAUAUAUUUUUUUAAAUUAAAUGAUCGUGAUUCACAGAAUUUGGGGGUGGAAGGAGCACUGAUGGUUCACUGUGGGGGUAGUCCUGAAUCAGGACAAGGGGUGACAGGGAAGGGUGGGGGAUACAAAUAUUGGUUAUGGGUAUAGUAAUUGAUGCAGGGAAUCUUGUUGGGUCUGGUCUCUUCUCUGCACCUGGGUCCAACCUCGCCAUGUCACAGCAAUAUGAGGUGCUGUUAACUCUAAUGAACUUAUCCUCUGCAACAGAGGUAACUCUGGGUUCUUCCUUUCCUGUGGCGUUCCUCAUGAGAGCCAGAUUCAUCAUAGCGCUUUAUGGUUUUUGCGACUACGCUGGAAGAAACUUUUAAAGUUCUUAAUUUUCCGGAUUGACUGACCUUCAUGUCUUAAAGUAAUGAUUGGCUGUUGUUUCUCUUUGCUUAUUUGAGCUGUUUUUGCCAUAACAUGGACUUUGCCAUUUACCAAACAGUUUAUCUUCUGUAUACCACCCCUACCUUGUCACAACACAACUGAUUGGCUCAAAUGCAUUUAAGAAAGAAAGAAAUCCCGCAAAUGAACUUAUAACAAGGCACACCUGUAAAUUUAAAUGCAUUCCAGGUGAAGCUAGUUGAGAGAAUGCCAAGAGGGUGCAAAGCUGUCAUCAACACGAAGGGUGGCUACUUUGAAGAAUCUGUUAAACACUUUUGUUGGUUACUACAUGAUUCCAUAAGUGUUAUUUCAUAGUUUUACUGUCUUCACUAUUAUUUUAUAAUGUAGAAAAUAGUAAAAAUAAGGAAAAACCCUUGAAUCAGUAGAUAUGUCCAUACUCUUGACUGAUUAAAUAUAUACUACCGUUCAAAAGUUUGGGGUCACUUUGAAAUGUCCUUGUUUUUGAAAGAAAAGCAUUUUUUUUCGUCCGUUAAAAUAACAUAACAUUUAUCAGAAAUACAGUGUAGACAUUGUUAAUGUUGUAAAUGACUAUUGUAGCUGGAAACAGCAUAUUUUUAAUGGAAUAUCUACAUAGGCGUACAGAGGCUCAUUAUCAGCAACCAUCACUCCUGUGUUCCAAUGGCACAUUAUAUUAGCUAAUCCAAGUUUGUCAUUUUAAAAGGUUAAUUGAUCAUUAGAAAACCCUUGUUGAAAACCUGUUGUUGUUGUCACAGUCGUAAAGAGGAGACCAAAGCGCAGCGUGAUUAGAAUACAUGUUAUACAUUUUAAUAAAGAACGACACUAAACAAACAACAAAACAACAAAACAAUAACCCAAGAAAUACCCAAAGAAGAUGGCUGCCUAAAUAUGGUUCCCAAUCAGAGACAACGAUAAACACCUGCCUCUAAUUGAGAACCAAUCUAGGCAACCAUAGACACAUAUAAAACACGUAGAUGAUAAACAACCCCAUAAACCUACAAAACCCCUAGACAGUACAAAAACACAUACAGCACCCAUGUCACACCCUGACCUAACCAAAACAAUAAAGAAAGCAAAGAAUACUCAGGUCAGGGCGUGACAGUUGUGCUGAUUAAAGAAGCAAUAAAACUGGCCUUUUUUAUACUAGUUGGGUAUCUUGAGCAUCAGCAUUUGUGGGCUCGAUUAUUACAGGCUCAAAAAGUUCAGAAACAAAGGACUUUCUUCUGAAACUUGUUAGUCUAUUCUUAUGCUGAGAAAUUAAGGCUAUUCCAUGUGAGAAAUUGCCAAGAAACUGAAGAUCUUGUAAACGUGGUGUGCUACUCCCUUCACAGAACAGCGCAAACUGUCUCUAAUCAGAAUAGAAAGAGGAGUGGGAGGCCCCGGUGCACAACUAAGCAAGAGGACAAGGAGAUUACAGUGUCUAGUUUGAGAAACAGACAACUCAAAGGUCCUCAAUUGGCAGCUUUAUUAAAUAGUACCCGCAAAACACCAGUCUAAAUAUCAACAGUGAAGAGGCGAAAACGGGAUGCUGGCCUUCUUUCUGAAACAUUAUAUUUACAUAAGUAUUCAGACCCUUUACUCAGUACUUUGUUGAAGCUAUUUUGGCAGCGAUUACAGCCCCAAGUCUUCUUGGGUAUCAGACUACAAGCUUGGCACACCUAUAUAUGGGGAGUUUCUCCUGUUCUUCUCUGCAGAUCCUCUCAAGCUUUGUCUCGUUGGAUGGGGAGUGACGCUCCACAGCUAUUUCAGGUAUCUCCAGAGAUAUUUGAUCAGGUUCAAGUCCGUGCUCUGGCUGGGCCACUAAAGGACUUUCAAGGAGACUUGUCCUGAAGCCACUCCUGCAUUGUCUUGGCUGUGUGCUUAGGGUCUUUGUCCUGAUGGAAAGUGAACCUUCACCCCAGUCUGAUAUCCUGAGCGAGCUGGAGCAAGUUUUCAUCAAGUAUCUCUCUGUACUUUGCUCCGCAGAGAUGGUUUUCCUUCUAGAAGGUUAUUGUUCUUGGUCACCUCCCUGACCAAGGCCCUUCUUCCCCGAUUUCUAAGUUUGGCCGGAAGAGCUCAAGGUAGGAAGAGUCUUUGUGGUUCCAAAUGUUUUCCAUUUAAGAAUGAGAGAGGCCACUGUGUUUUUGGGGACUUUCAAUGCUGCAGACUUUUUUUGAUACCAUUCCCCAGAUCUGUGCCUCGACACAAUCCUGUCUCUGAGUUCUACGAACAAGUCCUUCGACCUAAUGGCUUGAUAUUUGCUCUGACAUGCUCUGUCUACUGUGGGACCUUAUAUAGACAGGUGUGUGACUUUCCAAAUCCAGUCCAAUAACUGUAAUUUACGACAGGUGGACUCCAAUCAAUUUGUAGAAAAAUCUCAAGGAUGAUCAAUGGAAACAGGAUGCGCCUGAACUCAAUUUCGAGAGUCAUAGCAAAGAGUCUGAAUACUUAUGUACUAAAGUUUAGACACACGUACUCAUUCCAGGGUUUUUCUUUAUAUUUACUAUUUUCCACAUUGUAGAAUAAUAGUGAAGACAUCAAAACUAUGAAAUAACACAUAUGGAAUCAUGUAGUAAGCAACAUAAUUGUUAAACAAGUCAAAAUACAUUUUAGAUGAUUCAAAUUAGCCACCCUUUGACUUGAUAACAGCUUUGCACACUGAUUGGAAUCAAUGUGCCCCAUACACUUUUAGCACAGAGAAUUCAUAUAAAAUUAAUACUUAAGAGCUCUCAGACACCGCCGUUGGUUGUUGAUUAUGUACAGAUUUUUUUUUUCAAUGGGAUAGGUUGAUCAGUAGAAUAUAUUCUAGGAAGAUUCUAGUUCAUAUUACAGCCCUCAGAUGAUAGUUUUUCAUCCUCUGAAUAUGAUGUCUCCUAUCAUUAGUGUUGGUUGCCAAGGACAGCAGGGAAGAUGAAGUUCAUAUAUUUUUUGGGCACCUACAUAAAUGUUUUAUUAUAGUUAGUUUCUGAUAACCUGUUAUAUGUCCAUCAUACGCCAUAUAGUAUAACAUAGAUAUGUGUUACCAAUAUGUCUGUUUAGGCAGUUUCCUAUGAACAUAGCCUGGUGCAUGAAGUAACGAUAAUAGCAAUCUGUUAAUUGUCAAGCAUGUUUGUCAUUCAUCAUAUUCAAUAUAAAGGCAAUUAAUUAUCCUGACUAAUAAUCCACCACCACCACAGUGGGCAAUGUGAAAGGUAUUGUUUUUAUUUUUACCAUGAAUAAGUAACAAUGUGCAAUAGCGGAUAUAUCUUACAUGAAUCCUUAGAAUAUUGGAAGUUGAGGUCCUAAGAGCCACAGAAAUACACCUUGUAAGUACCGCAGAUUACUUCUAACUACCAUGUAGUUACAGUGAAAAUCAUUACAAAUAUUUUUGUUAGCUUGGAGAAAUUUUCAUCAUGUCGUUUAUUUAAUUCUUUUGAUUAUUUGUAAGUUAACAAAUGUAUCAUUAGAUACAAACAAAGAAGCAUGUAACCCUAGUUUUUAAUUCUGCUUUCCAGAUUCAUUUGUAUAGUUUUCUAUUAAAGUUUAUGGGAUGCAAGUC